UUCUCCAGCCCCAACCCGGACAAGACAAGCGGGGUGCAUAGACGGGCGGCGACACCACCAACUACCGCACACGUCCCCUGACUCUCUCUACCUCUCUCCCUCUCCUGCGUCGGCAGGCAUUCGGCAUCCCCCGUUGCCUACUCCAUUCCAUUCACCUCUCCUUCUCCUUCCCAAAACUUCGAAUUGUUCCCAUUCGCAAACCUUCCUUCCCUUGAUUCGCCGGGGGACACCACAGGGCAACGCAAUACCCCCAGCGCGAGGUGCCUUCCUUGCCGCCGGGGCCUCGCGGCGCAUUGCAGGAUUCCUGCUUCCUCUGAUAAGUUCCAUCGGAGACGGUCUGUUGCCCUAGACACAACAAAGAAGAGCGCCGCAUGGAUCGGGGCUUCCCGUGGAGCCGAUUCAAGUUGCGAUUUUGGCGUGUUGGCGAGGCCGGGCGGAGGUGGAAGGGGUACUGGGGCGCGGCGCCCCGGCGGGAGGGCGGGAUCUUGGAGGUUCUCUCCUGAUCGCGUUCUUGGGGAUCCUGGAGCUCAGUCCUGUCCUGUGUCUUGUGCAGCUCUGUGGUGUGUGUGUGUGUGUGUGUCUCUCUCUCUCUCUCUCUCUCUCUCUCUGUGGUUAUUUGCUCUCUUUAGGUAGGUGGAGGUGGGGUGGGAGGGCAGCUGCAAUUUAUUGCAACCUGCUCAAAUCUGAGCUCCUCUUGUUCCGAGGGAGUGGAGAACCUGUUCUGCUGGUGGUCGUUCUUGGGUGCUGAAUUGUCGAUUGACUUCUGCAGCAAGAUUUGGGCUUCUGUUGCCUCCCACGUUUGAAUAAGCUUGGGGCGUAUUGCGUGUCCGGCUGUGGCCAAGAGCUUUGAUUUCGUCGCCUCGUCGACUUCUUGGGGUGUUUGGGAGUAGCUUGGUGCGGUGAUUUCACUGAGUCUGGAGGAAUGGCGCGGCGGCGGAGCAAGCAGCUGAAGCUCAGCGCAUUGUACUCGUUUGCGCUUUGCCACAGGGGCUCCAGCGAGGAUCACUCGCGGAUUGGGACGGCGGGGUUCUCCCGGGUUGUUUAUGUCAAUGAGCCCGAUAAGCAUGAAGAGGAGUUCAAGUAUCCACUGAAUGAGGUGUCGACGACCAAGUACACACUGGUCACCUUCCUGCCAAAAUCCCUCUUUGAGCAGUUCAGGAGGGUGGCCAAUUUCUACUUCCUGGUCUCAGGUAUCCUUGCCUUGACCCCGCUCGCGCCCUACACGGCAGUUAGCGCGCUCGCGCCUCUGUGCGUCGUGAUUGUGGCGACCAUGGCAAAAGAAGGGGUUGAGGAUUGGAGGAGGAAACAACAGGAUCAUGCGCUCAAUAAUCGGAUAGUCAAAGUGCAUAGGGGCAAUGGCAAUUUUGAAGAGACAAAAUGGAAGAACAUCAAAGUUGGAGAUGUAAUAAAGGUGGAGAAGGAUAAUUUCUUUCCCGCUGACAUGAUUCUGCUUUCGUCUAACUAUCUGGAUGGAAUCUGUUAUGUAGAGACUAUGAAUCUUGAUGGUGAAACAAACUUGAAAAUUAAACAAGCUCUUGAUGUGACAUUGGAUUUACAAGAGGAUACAAAGUUCAGAUAUGUCAGACAAACAAUCAAAUGUGAAGACCCAAAUGCGAAUCUCUACUCUUUUGUUGGUACAAUGGAAUGGAAAGGCCGGCAGUAUCCCCUGUCACCUCAGCAGCUUCUUCUUCGAGACUCAAAGCUACGGAACACUGACUACGUAUAUGGGACUGUUAUCUUCACAGGUCAUGAUACAAAAGCGAUGCAAAAUGCAACUGAUCCACCAUCUAAAAGAAGCAAGAUUGAGAAGAAAAUGGAUAAAAUUAUUUACCUUCUGAUGUCAACCCUACUCAUGAUUGCAUUGCUUGGUUCUGUCUUGUUCGGGAUCUGGACCAAAGAGGACUUAAGAGAUGGUGAGCUCAAACGGUGGUAUCUUCGGCCAGAUGCGACAACCAUUUUCUAUGACCCGAAGCGAGCAGCUUUGGCAUCUUUCUUUCAUUUGUUGACAGCCUUGAUGUUGUACAGCUACUUCAUACCAAUUUCUUUAUACAUAUCUAUUGAGAUGGUCAAGAUCUUGCAAGCUCUAUUCAUCAACCAGGAUAUUGAAAUGUAUCAUGAAGAAUCAGAUAAGCCAACUCGUGCUCGUACUUCGAAUCUAAAUGAGGAACUAGGUAUGGUUGAUACAAUUCUAUCUGAUAAGACUGGGACAUUAACGUGUAACAUGAUGGAGUUCAUUAAGUGUUCGAUUGCUGGCACUGCCUAUGGUCAGGGUGUCACUGAAGUUGAGAGAGCUAUGGCUAUGAGGAAAGGGGCCUGGUUAGAUGGUGAUAUUGAAAAUGGAGACAAGGAAAAAAGAAUUGACCACAGUCCUCAUGUUAAAGGUUUCAAUUUCAAGGAUCCGCGUAUUAUGGAUGGAAACUGGGUUCAUGAGCCCAAUAGGGAUAUUAUAAGAGAUUUUUUCCGGCUGCUAGCUAUCUGUCACACAUGCAUACCUGAAAUAGAUGAUGAAACUGAUAAGGUUUCAUACGAAGCUGAGUCCCCUGACGAAGCUGCAUUUGUUAUUGCAGCAAGAGAACUAGGGUUUGAGUUUUACCAGAGGACCCGAAAAAGUAUAAUUGUUCGUGAACGGGAUCCGAAUCAAAAUGUUGUUAGAGAAAGAAAGUAUGAGCUUCUAAAUAUCUUGGAAUUCAGUAGCUCAAGGAAACGGAUGUCUGUGGUAGUCAAGGAACCAGAGGGAAGGAUAUUACUUCUUAGCAAGGGCGCUGAUAGUGUGAUGUUUAAAAGGCUUGCAUCAACUGGAAGAAAAUUUGAAGAAGAAACAAGAAGGCACAUAAAUGAGUAUGCUGACUCUGGUCUAAGAACCUUGGUUCUAGCGUACCGUGUCUUGGAGGAGAAGGAGUACAAGGAAUUCAAUGAAAAAUUCAACACUGCCAAAACAUCUGUAAGUGCCGACAGAGAUGAACAAAUUGAGGUGGCAGCUGAUAGCAUUGAACGUGACUUGCUUCUUCUUGGUGCCACCGCUGUUGAAGAUAAGCUCCAGAAAGGGGUGCCCGAAUGCAUAGACAAGCUUGCACAAGCCGGAAUCAAGAUAUGGGUACUGACAGGUGACAAGAUGGAGACAGCUAUCAAUAUCGGCUUUGCAUGUAGCCUACUUAGACAAGGAAUGACACAGAUAAUCAUCACACUGGAACAACAUGACAUCAUUGCAUUGGAGAAAAAUGGAGAUAAACAAACAAUUGCCAAGGCAUCAAAGCGAAGGGUUAUGGAUCAGAUAGAGGAUGGAAUCGAACAAAUUCCACCUCCAACUCAAUUUAGCUCUGAAUCUUUCGCACUAAUCAUUGAUGGUAAAUCACUUACAUAUGCUUUGGAAGAUGAUCUCAAGUUUAAGUUCUUGGAUCUUGCUAUCAAGUGUGCAUCAGUAAUAUGUUGCCGAUCGUCUCCGAAGCAGAAGGCACUGGUAACAAGACUUGUUAAAGAAGUAACACAUAAAGUGACCCUCGCAAUCGGUGAUGGGGCAAAUGAUGUCGGUAUGCUUCAGGAAGCAGACAUAGGGGUCGGUAUUAGUGGUCCUGAAGGGAUGCAGGCUGUCAUGGCAAGUGAUCUUGCCAUUGCCCAAUUCCGCUUCCUGGAACGGCUACUUCUGGUGCAUGGACAUUGGUGUUACCGGCGCAUUUCAGUGAUGAUAUGCUAUUUCUUCUACAAGAACGUUACUUUUGGUGUCACUAUCUUUCUGUACGAAGCAUUUGCAUCUUUCUCCGGGAAGCCCGCUUAUAAUGAUUGGUUCUUGUCACUCUAUAAUGUUUUUUUCACCUCCCUUCCUGUCAUUGCUUUGGGGGUAUUUGACCAGGAUGUGUCUGCCAGGCUGUGCUUACAGUAUCCGGAGCUCUACCAAGAAGGCGUGCAAAAUGUAUUAUUCAGCUGGCACCGGAUACUUGGCUGGAUGUUUAAUGGUGUUAUGAAUGCUAUCUUGAUCUUUUUCUUCUGUAUUGCUGCCUUUGAGGACCAGGCAUUCCGUCAGAAUGGCCAAGUUGCAGGAUUGGAUGCCCUAGGUGUUGUCAUGUACACUUGUAUUGUAUGGGUUGUGAACUGUCAAAUGGCGCUCUCUGUGAACUACUUCACCAUAAUCCAGCACAUAUUCAUAUGGGGCAGCAUCGCUGUAUGGUACCUCUUCCUCUUGGCUUAUGGUGCCAUAAAUCCAGGGUUAUCAAAAACAGCAUACAUGGUCUUCAUUGAACAGUUGGCCCCAGCCCUUUCAUAUUGGUUGGUGACACUUUUUGUUGUGAUGGCAACACUAGUCCCUUACUUUAGCUAUGCUGCAAUCCAGAUCCGAUUUUUCCCGAUGUUCCAUAAUAAGAUACAGUGGAAAAGAUACUUGGGGAAGGCUGAAGAUCCAGAAGUGGCUAGGCAGUUGUCAUCAAGACAUCGGAUAUCAUCACAGCAGAGGAUGGUUGGUAUUUCUGCUCGUUGUGAUGGCAAGACAAUGCAAAUAACAAGGGAGGCAGAACGAGAAGUUCAGGAAUAGUUUUUCAGUAGAUUUUGUGUUUUGUACAGCUUAUAGGAUACUGUCUCCAGAAAGAUGGCAACUGAAAUGAUUGCUACUUGGGGAUAUUCCUGGAUUGUUGCUUCUUUUGUGUCAUGGAGUUCUUCCAGUUCAGAUGAUAGAACAAGCACAAUUUGCUUAGAUAGAUCACAAGGAGACCAAGAUAAUAGUUGCUGUAAAGUUGAUUUUACCAAUUUAAGGCUUUGUAUUUUCUCCUUUCUUUCCUCUCUUUUUUUUUUACUCCUUUACACAUGUAGAUGCUUGUAACCAGAUGGUAGGAUUUCAUUUUAGAUAGUGUUUGGUUGGAGGAUUUGUAACGUAAACCAAUUACAGCGUUAACCAAUUAUGUUAAAUCCUGUUUGUUUCA